AUGGACCAACUGACGGACCAAGAUCUUCCUGCCCGCCUGUUCGACUCGACAGUUCUUCCAGCGCUCUGUUACGCAGCGAAGACGUGGGCAGAAACCGCUGCCACGUCUAGGAAGCUACUUACUACCCACAGCGCCCUUGAGAGAUGUCUUCUGAAGUUUAAUCGGCGCACACAACAUUUAGCCUGCCUUCGCAGCUCCGACUUCAGAGCAAUGUUCAUUCUUCGCGGCCCAGCGGAGUACAUAUCGAGGGCAAAGCAUAGCUGGGCCGGUCACAUUAUGAGAAGAAUCGACUAUAGAUGGACUAAAGAAUGCUAG